AUGGAAUCAAGAGCCAAGAGCUGGGAAGCAGAAAAUAUCACUCUUCAAACGUCACGAUCUAAGACUCGGAAAGCACCACAAAAAGCCCGAAGAAGCAUCGAACCCACUCUCCUCCUCCUCCUCCUCUUCCCAGAAUGUCUUACCUGUCAGAACGCAGAUUCUCCCACUCAAGCUGAUGAGCCCAAGAAUCUUUGGGAAGAAGCCUACAAUCUCCUGGAUGCAAGUCAAAAGGAAAUUCUAGCGACUUUGAAGGUUCCCUCGGGUUUGAAUGACAACGACGCCUCGAAAACCACAGACGUUAUCGAUCAAGUGAUCAAAAAAACGGAAACACAAUAUGAAGCAUACAAGAAUGGUGGUCUGAAGAUUCCAACUUUGAAAGGAGAGGAUAUCAACGUUCGCCAGUUGUCGGAAAAGGUCAUCAAUGCUGCUUUGAAAUUUAAGGAUAUUGUCACUCCUUUCACAGCACUUGACCCCACUGAACAUGCAUCAAGUGCUUGGGAGACCGUGUUGCUUGGAUUGACGAUGAUGAAAAACCACUACGAUUCGCGAAACGCCUUGUUCCGAUCUUCGGAGUAUCUGGCGGAUACCUUGAGCCAAAUUGCCUUAAUCGAGAUGUAUUUCUAUUGCAGCGGAGAUUCCGUGGCUGCGAAAAGGCAAAAUAUCGGUGAAGCAAUUACUCGAGUCUACAAAGCCAUCCUAAUCUACACAGUGAAGGUACGAAACGCACAGAAUUCCUCAAAGGUUCGGAAAGCGAUGGAGUAUGUCACUGCGAUGACAAGUGAAUCGCUCAAAGAGCUUCAGAAAUCCGUCAACCAGGAAGAACACUCUCUGCAGCAAUGGAUUAAUAUGGUUCAAAAUUUACAGCGCAGAAAAGAGGCAAAAGAAAUGUUGAACAAGAUUGACCGAACCUUUUUGGGUCUGAAAAUUCUGCUGAAUGACUUUAUCCUUGAUAAGCUGAACAGCCUCGAUGCUGCUCGCUUUGACAGCCCAGCAGGAGAGGACAGUCUACUGGACGAUCUUCAAGGUACGUGUCAACCCGGAACAAGGACUGAACUCCUUGCCGAGGUGAUGGACUGGGCAACAUCUCCUCAUGUCAAACCAAUAUUUUGGUUGAAUGGCAUGGCAGGGACUGGCAAAUCUACCGUAUCUCGAACAUUGUCCGGUCUGCUCGAAGAGAGAGGGCUUCUUGGUGCAAGCUUCUUCUUCAAGCGAAAUGAAGGUGAUCGAAGAAAUGCGAAACGACUGUUCCCUACCAUUGCAAAACAACUUUCGCACAGGAUACCUCGAAUUAUACCUGAAAUCACAGAGGCAGUGCGAGGAGGAGUCCCACAAAAGACAAUUGAACGGCAAUGUGAACUUCCCUUGCAACAUCCAUUACUCAAUCUGGCCCAGUCAUAUCAAACAAUGGAAUCUCUGGUGGUCGUCAUUGAUGCACUUGACGAGUACGAUUCUCCAAGAGAUAUUGCAACUUUCUUGAGACUGAUAUCAGAGACAGCGCAGAAUCAACUAAUUCCCUUGCGUAGACCUGAUUUACCAAAGGGCCUUGGCUUCGAUGAAAUUGAAAAUCAGGAUCACCAGGGUGUGGUCUUACAAGAUAUCCUGGAGCCAAUUAUCAAACGGGAUCUAUCAAUGUUCUUGACAUGUCAAUUUGAAAAUAUGGGCGAGAAAGACUGGCCCGCUACAAUCUGUCGUUUUGUUGGAGAUUCACUCUGGCUGCCCAGGGAGCGUCUCAAUGACUUUCUAGCAAAUCCAGCCAUCACGUCUGAUGCAGGGAUGAAUCGAACAUAUCUGCCAAUUCUGGAACAACCCUUGAAGAAGCUUUCCAAGAAUGAAAAGCAAAAGCUCAUGCGAGAGUCUCAUGACAUAAUUGGUGUUCUAAUCCUCUUUGCGACUCCCGUCUCACUCAGUGCAUUGGCUCAGUUGACUGGUGCCAGAGUGAACAGCGUUACAAAUAGACUGAAGUCUUUUCGCUCAGUCCUGAGUUUCUCAGAUGAUGAAAACCAGCCUGUUAAAGCCUUGCAUUUAUCAUUCCGAGAUUUCCUUUUGAGCACUGAUAGUGAAUUCCACGUGGAUGAAAAACGACUACAGAAGACGAUUGCAAUCAACUGUCUUCGUAUUAUGGAGUCACUCCGAAGGAACAUUUGUGAUUUAUCAAAUAUGGCCACAGAAGGCGCGGAUAUUUGGAGUAAGACCAUCAAGCAACGCAUUCCACCUGAGCUGCAAUACUCUUGUCGUAAUUUGGUAUACCAUGUCAAGAGUUGCCAAGAAGAGAAUCAUCGAGAACAGGAUUGGGAAGUCUCCAAGAUUCUCUACUCUGAGAUUCUCACGUUCUUACAGAAGCAUUUAUUACAUUGGCUUGAGGUUCUGAGUCUCAUGGGGAUUCUGAGAGAUGCCUUGAAUAUAGUUGACUCACUCCACUCAAUUUUUCAAAGUGACACAAUGCCAGAGCUAGGAAGCUUCCUGCUAGAUGUGAAGAGAUUUAUUGUAAGGAAUUUCGAGGGGGUGGAGAUGGCACCACUGCAAAUCUAUGUCUCGUCGUUGUUAUUCUCUCCGCAUAACAGUCUAGUUCGGAAACAAUUUCAAGACGAAAUCCCUGCGUCAAUCUCAAGACAGCCAGUCGUUGAAAAAGACUGGAGUCCACUUCUCCAUACGUUGGCUAGUUAUUUUACCUUUUUCGUUCAGUUUUCGCCAGAUGGCCAGCUACUUGCCACAGCACCAGAUCCAAACACGACACUAUCAGUUCACCUAUGGAAUACUACGACAUGGGAUCUCUGUAAAACACUUGAACAUCCUCGGCCUUCUCCGGUCAGGUUUUUUAGAUCCAUUCCUUGUAUCAGUUGUGUUGCAUUUUCUCCUCAAGGAAACUUCCUGGCUGUAGGCUCAAGCGAGGGACUAGGGGUUAUUUGGGAUACAGCAUGUUGGCAAAAAAGGCACACGCGAGACUACAAAGAAUCGAUUAGUUCGAUUGCGUUAUCAUGUGAUGGGCUAUUAGCCACAGCUUCAAGCAAUGGAAUAUGGGUGUCUGAUAUUGCCCUCACAAAUGGACGGUUUUCGGCUGACGUUCGGACUCAAGGCAUAGAUGGAAAUGACCUUGUAAGGUUCUCUCCAAAUGGAAAGGUUCUAGCUAUGAGUGACUCUGAAGGAGUUAGGAUCUGGAGAACAGAGACAUGGAGUCUUGUUAACAAAUUCAAUUUCACUGCUCGGACCUUGAACUUUUCGCCAAAGGGGACAUAUCUGGGUAUUGCCACACCAGACACGAUCCUUUUCUUGGACAUCGCAUCAUGGAAGGUCGUUUCGACGGAAGAACUCGCUCCAAAUUCAGCGAUCCAUGAGAUUUCAUUCUCACGAGAUGAACAUCAUAAUGCAGCAUCAUCGGAUUCUAAGGACAUUCGCCUUGGCAAAGUAGUUCAAGAUGGUACUAGCUCUCCGAUGGACAUUCAAGGACAUGGAGGUUUUACUCGAGCCAUAUGUUUCUCUCCUACUCAGGAUAUACUAGCAUCGUCAGCUACUGAUCACAAAGUAAAGCUUUGGAUGACUCCGCCAGACAUAGUCACGCACUCGCAUCAUUCUUCGCCUCAUGAGGACUAUGUGUUUUAUGUGGCAAUUUCUCCAACGGGCGAGCAUGUAGCGUCGUGUUCCCCGGGUCCUAGGUCUUUGUCUGGAAUGUUGAGACUGAAAGCCUGUAUGCUUGUUGGGAUACUGGAACAGAUGAUCCUGAUUACAUGGGCCAUCUAG